AUGGGAAAAAUUGCUGUUGCUGGAGGCUCUUCAGGCUUGGGCCGGACCAUGAUCGAAGCCCUCAAGGCAGGGGAAACUUACGAAUAUAUUGUGCUAUCACGAAAGGCCACCAAUGUAGAGUCUCGGGCAGUGGACUACUCGUCUGUGGAUAGUCUAGCAUCUCUACUUGAGACUGAGAAGAUCGACACUGUUGUUUCUUGUCUUCCGAUAGACGGUGAUAACAGCGGGAAGGCUCAACUUAACCUCAUUGAGGCGGCAAACCGAUCGAAAUAUACCAAGCGAUUCAUACCCAGUGAAUUUGGAGCGGUCUACACCGAAGAUGCUUUUACCUAUAUGCCCUCUUACCGUUGGAAAUUUGAAGCCAUCGACGUGCUUAAAAAAACAAACCUUGAGUUCACCCUCAUCUCAAUCGGCCAGUUUUUAGACUACUGGGCGGCCCCCCGAAUCCCGACUUAUAUCGGCGCAGCAAACAUCCAAAUCGACCCGGAAAAUAGAGUAGCUAUUAUCCCAGGCGAUGGAAACAAUCCCGUGGUUAUCACGCAUUCUACCGACGCGGCAAAAUUUACUAUCGCAUUACUUGACCUCCCAUCAUGGAAACGAAGACACUCGAUUAUCGGAAACCGCCUUACUCUCAAUGAAGCUGUCAAGUUAGCCGAAGAAGUCAUGGGUGUCAAGUUCAAUGUCAAGUAUUUUACGAUUGAGGAAAUGGAGAGGAGUGAAUUUGAGCUUACUCCCAGUAUGAAAAAGAUCUUGCCCGAGGAGAUGCACGAGGGCAUGAAGGCUAUAUUAGCUAAGGCGGGUAUUGGGAUGGCCAAAGGAAAUAUUGAUAUCCAGGACAAAGAAGAUUUGACAAUUAUGUUCCCAAGCCUUGAACCUCUUACAGUUAGGCAAGUUUGGGAAGCACGGAAGUAG